UGACGUCAUCAGAGGGGGACAGCGGACGUUGCGCUGAGGCGGAUCAGGACUGAAGCGGAUUUAUGGACCGAGACGAGCAAGGUGGAUUAGAGGCUCAGAGUCUCUCUACCUGAGUAAAUCUGGAUCGAUCCAAAUCGUCUCUGACGUGUUUAUUGAAGAGACCUUGCGCUGUUUCUUGAUAAAGAGAGAAGACGACGACGACGUCAGGAUCAACGAGACGCUGCAACGCGUCUCCAUGACAACGGGCUCACCUGUACAUCACACAGGAGUGAAUAAAGUUUGAUUCAUCAUGUCUGAGUCGAGUGGCGAUGGAGGGAAGUGGCUGGACGCUCACUACGACCCGGUGGCUGGUCUGUACACCUUCUCUUCCUGCGUGGACCUGGCGGACCUGAGCGGGGACGGGGAGAGCCGGCUGGUGGUGGGGGACCUGGGCUCAGGCUCGUCCGGCAUGAAGCUGAAGGUGUACCGGGGUACAGCGCUGAUGAGCGAGAGCACCCUGCUCGACCUGCCCGCCGGCCUCGUCGCCUUCUUCAUGGACCUGCACGAGCCGCGCAUCCCUGCCGUCGCUGUGGCGUCCGGACCCUGCGUCUACGUCUACAAGAACCUAAGGCCGUACUUCAAGUUCACCCUGCCCGGUCUGGAGGUCAACUCGCUGGAGCAGGACGUGUGGCAGCAGGCGAGGGAGGGUCAGAUCGACCCUCUGACCCUGAAGGAGAUGUUGGAGGGAGUCAGGAAGAAGGCCGACAUCCCGCUGUCCGUCCGCUCGCUCAGGUUCCUCUCCCUGGAGACCAGCGACAUGGACGAGUUCGUCCAGCUGCACAAACAGCAGCCAAUCAGACGACAGACGGUCAUCACCUGCAUCGGGACUCUGAAGAAGAGUACGGCUGAUGAAGACGGUGUCAGCUGUUUGGUGAUUGGUACAGAGAGCAGCGACGUCUACGUCCUCGACCCCGAAGCUUUCAUCAUCCUCUCCAAGAUGUCACUGCCAGCUGCUCCCACCAUGAUGGACGUGACGGGUCAGUUUGACGUAGAGUUUCGCAUCACGGCGGCAUGUCGCAACGGAAACAUCUACAUUCUGCGCAGGGAGUCGGACAAACCGAAGUACUGUAUCGAGCUGUCAUCUCACCCGGUGGGUCUGGUGCGAGUCGGGAAGAACGUGGUGGUCGGCUGCACCGAUGAGAGUCUGCAGGGCUUCACACAGAAGGGGAAGAAACUGUGGAGGACCAUCCUCCCCGCUCCCAUUACCACCAUGGCUGCCAUGGACCUCCCUACCCGAGGCUUCCAGGCAGUUCUGGUGGGCCUGGCUAACUGCGAGGUCCAGCUGUACCGGGACAAGAACCUGCUGAGCACCAUCAAGACGCCCGACGUGGUCACCAGCAUCUGCUUUGGCCGGUAUGGGCGUGAGGACGGGACCCUCAUCAUGACCACCAAGGGAGGCGGUCUGAUAGUGAAGAUCCUAAAGAGGACAGCGGCGUUCGAUGACAAGGAUAGUGCCCCCGGGCCGCCACUGGCCCAGAGCGUCCGCCUCAAUGUGCCGAAGAAGACCAAGUUAUACGUGGACCAGACACUGAGGGAGCGGGAGAACGGCCUGGCUAUGCACCGCGCCUUCCAGAUGGACCUGAGCCGCCUGCGGCUGGCUGCCGCCAAAGCCUAUGUCAAGGCCCUGGAGUCCAGCCUAACGCCAAUGUCGUCCAGCCUCACCGAGCCGCUCAAGAUGAACGCUGUGGUCCAGGGUCUGGGUCCAUCCUUCAAACUGACCCUGAACGUCCAGAACACGGCGGCAUGUCGGCCCGUCAUGAACCUGGCCAUCAGCUUCCUGUACGACGAGAGCCUGUACCGGAUGAGGAACCCGUACAUGAAGAUUCCCCUGCUGGUGCCCGGACUCAUCUACCCCGUCGAGACCUUCGUGGAGUGCACCAGCGACAAGGGCAUCUCCGACAUCAUCAAGGUGUUCAUCCUGCAUGAGGGGAAGAGCUCCCCGCUGCUGACUGCCCACAUCAACAUGCCGGUCAGCGAGGGACUGACGCUCAACUGAUAACACAACAAUUUUAUUUAUUAUACGAAACAUCACAGGACGAACUAUCAAACAACGCUUCAACUCUAUUUAUAACAAACACAAAACACGGGGCUGAACCGGCGAGGUGGGAUUAGUGAUUGGAAGCAAAGAAAGACAGUAAAGAUUUUAAUCUUGAAAGAAGCUCAGAACUAAAAUUCCAAAGUUCCCAAUAUUUGAAAAAAACUACAAUGCUCAAAUUGAUCAACUUAACUUUUAUUGGUCAAAUAAAAAACAACAAUUUGAACUAUUUGAACAUCAGUCCUUGGUCCUGUCAGGUUACAUCAUAUGAUGGAGAAAAACGUGAAUCCAGUCACUCAUAAAAGUAAUUCAUUAUUUUGGCCUUUUUUUGCUUCCAUACCAGAACAAAGAAAACUGGGAUUUCUUACAGGAACUUGAAUGAUGGUUUAUUUGACUCUACUUGUGAUAGUUUCAGACCUUUGUAGAUCAGAACCUGCAAAUGUUCUGCUGUUUAAUGUGUUUGUAUAGAUUUAAGUUUGUUGUUUAUUGUGAUGUAAUUAGUUUAGUGAUAAUGAUUCAUAAACAUGUUGUUCGAGCUCUCAGGGAUAAACUGCAGACUAAAGAUGUUUUUGUUCAUGAAUGUUUGUAUAGAAAUAUUAACAUGUUCUAAAAAUUGUGUAUUUUUUAAAUGAAGUUUUGAAUGUAGGAAAAAAUAAAGCAUAAACAACACA